AAAUUCCCCAUACAAAAUCGAACCUUGGUUGGAUUUCAAGAACUAAAACUCAAGCAACCACAAAAAUUUUAAAAAGAUGUUAUCAACGAAGAGGAAAGCGCUAGACACAGGUUUACAAAGACGUGUGAGAGCAAGGAGGGAACCUUCUGAGGAAAUUGAAGAAUCUUCUUCAGAUUCUGCUCCAUCAGAAAUUGGCCGAGAUGACAAUGAGGGAGAGGAAAGUUCCAGCGAUGAGGCAGAGGAUGAGGUAGAUGAGGUUAGAUUUGUCAAAGUAAAAUUAGAUCCUCACUAACAUUCUAAUAGGAAGCAUCUGAAUCCGAGGAAGAAACGACCAACGAUGCAGCAGCCUCGAUUUCUUUUGGCGCAUUGGCUAAAGCGCAAGCAAACAUGUCCAAGCCUAGUAAAAGGGAUUCGAAAAAAUCAAAGAAGAGCAGUGCGGAUGGAUGGGAAGAUAAUGAAGCUACCGAACGUAAAGCAGGGAAGAAGGACCAACGAGAUUUUACUCGCAGUAGUAAAAAUGCACCAACCGAAAUUUCCAGCAAGAAAGCAGUUUCCCGUCGCAGAGAAGUCGUACCUGUUAAGAAAAGAGAAAUUCGCGAUCCACGAUUUGAUCCUACUCACGGUCCGGUAGAUAUGGGAAAGAUCGAGAAAGUAUAUGAUUUCUUGAUUGAUUAUCGAGAGGAUGAAAUUAAGAAAUUAAGGGAGACGAUCAAAAAAACUAAGGAUGAAGAUGAGAAGGAGAAGUUAAAGAGGGACUUGUUGAGUAUGGAGAGUAGGAAGAAGACGGAUGCGAAGAAGAGGAAGGCUAGGGAGAUUUUGGAUAAGCAUAGGAAGGAGGAAAAGGAUUUGGUGAAGGAUGGAAAGACACCAUAUUAUUUGAAGAAGGCAGAACAGAAGAAGAGGGUUCUGUUGGAUACAUAUGGAGAGUUGAAGGGGAGACAGUUGGAUCGGGUUAUCGAGAGGAGGAGAAAGAAGGUGGAAGGGAAGGAAAAGAAGAAUAUGCCGAGGGCGAGAAGAGUGGUCGAUUAGGAGCUUUCCUCCCUUGCCAAUGCUCUUCCUUCGCCAAAUUAAUUCACUUCAAUUCCGUUCAGAUAAAUUCGAUCAUCUGUCAUCAUAUUACCAUAUCAGCGAAAUUCAUAUUCCUGAUAUUAUACCUCCAAACAUUUAUACAUCGAAUAUCAAGUCCUCUUGAUCAUCUAUCGAUAUCAUGACUGAUCCAUUCACGAACGCGACAUGUCUUAUCUCAUCAUCAACAGUUCUCGCGCAACAAUUUCGGCUCUUCACCCGUAGCCAUUUGGCAUUCUUGGAGCUAUCACAUGAGUUGAUGGACAUUAUAAGCAUCUCUACGACACCAGAUGGAUCACUUAUGGCUCAAAUGCGCCGACUAUUGUAUUUAAGGAUGGAAUAGCCCGUAAGCUUCAGUUGCUUCCAAGCUUACAACUCCAUACUUUAACUAUCCUAUGCGGAUUCCGUUGUGGAAGUCCCUAGGAUUCCGACCACAUUCACGUGUUUCUGGCCUUUGUUGCACCUGCAGGGACUAGAAUCAUAUCACCCGCGGAAAUCGCAUCCAUACAAAUAACGAACCAAAUAUUUUAGCGGCAAAAACCGCCUUUAGUACUAAUCUUGAAGUCUGGGGAGUUAUUCUAGAAAGAAACACCAAUGCGGUUCAAGUCACCAUCUCGAUCUUCCAACCUUCUGAGCCUAGAUUUUAACGGAUUGGGAACUUUUACAACGAUCUCGCUCAUGAAGUACUCACAGAGACCACAAUAUCCUUGGAAGCUAUUCGCUAGGAAAAGCUUACAACAUGUCUGUAAGGCUUUAGAGCCAGGUAUAGAGACUUCAAUCGUUAUGAUGCUUCCUCUUACGACGGCUAUAACUCCUCCAUUCCUUUCAGAAAUGGAGGGAGAACUUAACGAGGGGAUAUCGGAUGAAGAUGAAGAAGUUGAGGAAGGGAUUUCAGAAUCAGAUGCUGUAAAAGAAAUUCCUCGAGUCUGGCGCGAUGAAUGCAGAGAUGCAUAUGUGGGAGACCUCUUGACAAGAAUGUGGAUGAAAUGGCCAGGGAAGAAAUCUAUCUAUUUGCAUCGCCCCAUGGAAUGAGCCCUACACAUACCAUUACAUCAUUGAAGAGUACAUGAGAAUAAGCAACAUCGUCCAGGACAACUACAAUAGCAUCUAAAUCUAGAAUAAACAAACAUAUCCAUCCCUCACCUACCUAGGUAUCCUAUCCAUCUAAACAACAUCCUAACACCUUUCCAUCCUACCCAUCUAUAUAUAAUUUUCCCCAAUACUUACUCAUAGCUUCCUUCAUAUAAAUCAAAUCACAUACCACUAUUAUCUCUUCUAUUCAAUUCAAUUCCCUAAUUAUGAUCUAUUUCAAUCCUUGAAGUUAAACUCC